AUGUCGGCAUCCGCCAUCACCAUUGCGGCGGCCCCGCGCCCGUGGUCUCUCAAGGCCGCCGUCAACCGGUUCCGCUCAAGUGAGACCAAGUACCAAGCCUACGUGCCGACGCACGCGAGAACAGACUUUCUGAGGACCGCGACGCCGAGGCAUAUGCGCAAGGCCAACGAAAUUCUCUGA